AUGCGUGAUGGAUCCAUUUUUUGUUGGCUCAGUCUCAUGGACACUGAAAUACUCUGUACAAGACUCUGUGUCAGUAGCAGAGAUAGUUGGGAAUCAAUCAGCCCACCUCUUGUGUUUUCUUUUCCUUCCAACAUUUCAAAUCUCCCCAUUAACGGCAGACAUAACAGAUUUGUGGUGGUGAGGGUGGGGAGAGGCUGCUAACCUGUAUGUGUUAACAUAAACUUUAGCGACCUGUUAGCCUCAUUACAUGAUGCUGAUUGACAGAGCCAUCCCCUACUCUAACCACACCCCACUGACACAGUUUGUAAUGACAUUCAAACACGUCCUCUAAAGAGUUCAUUAAAUAUAGCUUGUCCUUCAGUGUUUCUUUUGGGCACAGUGUUCAUGUGGGUUCCAGCUUUGUGGCUGUAUUAUGGGCAGCUUUGUUUUAUUAUUGGCAUAUUACACAGUACUGUAUGACUUGGCAUAACUGUGUAGUGCACGUCACCAAUCUUAUCUUAUGGCCUGCGUACAACCAUCAAUUGAACCUGCUUUUGGGCGAAUGAAUGACUAAUAUCCUGUCACGAGGUUUCCAUGUUUGUCAUGUUUGUGAAUCAUGUUUUUAUCCUGGCUGUGCCUCUUACUAGUAAACGCUGUACUGAAACUGAUUUGGUUGCAGAGUAAUGUCCUGAAAUAGGCCAGCCUGGCUCACAAUAGGCUGCCAUUAAUAAAUGGGACUGUCAACAGCCAUGGAGAGGAAAUCAGACCAGCACUGACUGUUACAUGAGGUGUCACAUAACAGGUGUCAUGUCACUGUCAAACCAAUCACAGCUCAUUCUUAUCUUUUCUGUAGUCAGGGAGAUAGUAUACCACAGAUUAGUCUAUCUCUACAGGACAUGUUUAACAAAGUAUCUGUUACUUUAAAACAAAAAAAAAAAAAAAACAUUUUAUAGGUUUAGGUGUUCUCUUGUGUGAAAUAAUGAACCAGUGAACUAAUUUAAAGUCACUUUCCUGCAUGUUUUUUAAAGACUAUGAAGGUUUUAUUGUGCACAAUGCUAUUUUGUAAUUCUGUCCUCAGUUUGAUUCAAAAUUAUGUUGAAAGUCAUUCCCUUUGCUAUUGAAUUGUAAUUCAAUAGCAGUGGGUAAAAAUAUUUGUGAGGGCACAGAGCAGCAGAAACAUUAGAAGCAGAGCUGCAGCAGGAAGUGGAGUCUUGAGUGAGUGGCCUGAGGCAGAUGUAACAGUUUGCCAGAGCUUCAGUCAAAGAUGCAGCGUAAAGAGCUACCAUGUCGUUGCUGUAGGUUUUUUUUUAGGUGUAAACAGGGGUGAAGCGGCUGGAAAAGGCACAAGCUGUUAGGGAUUAAUCUGACUGGAGCUCAGGAGGUACAGUUAACUAGCAGCUGAGCUAAGGUUAUAAAGCAGAUCAGCAGUGGGAAGUCUUGUCCUAUUAAGUUUAAGUGUAAUGUUUUUUUCUGUAUAGGGUUUAAGCUCCCUAAAGGGGCUAACCACUGGGAAUGCUCUAGUUUCAUAGGUCAUAUGUUUGGGUCAUGUCUCCAAACAGAACCACUGACCUCCUCUGACUAAAAGCUGAGAUCAGCCUGGAGAGGAAUGUAGGUUGUCACCAGAGCUAUUUUGGCAAUGUACAGCCGCUAAUGAUUGUGAUCACAGAGCAGAGCUCGGAGCAGUUGCUUUGCUUUCCUUUUUUCCUACCAGCAAGUUUGAUCAUGCAGCUCUCACUGGCGCUGCAGGGAUUAGAGAGUUAAACGAAUGGCACGUCGGCUCCGCUUGCAUUUUGCGUCAAGGAGAAGCAACACUGACCCUCUGUCAGAAAGCCUCGGCAGCCAUGGUGAGGAGAGUGGAGUCAGUGUGUCAGCUCGCAGCCCCGCAGAGAGUCUGGCGCACAGUUCUGUCCACUUGAAGGUGACUCCUCUGUCACCAGACUAUGCUAAUUUACAGCGAUACUCUUCAGUAUUCAUACCCAGGGUUAACAUUGGAGCAUGUAAUAAGAAGAGCAUUCUGCAGAUCUCGCUGCAGCCCUGUGGUAAGCUCAGCGGAGCGCUGGAUGGCAGUAUAGAGGAUGGAGACCCGGGAGUUAGUGAAGGAGCAGCGGGCACUGGCUCUGAUGGGGGCUCAUGCAACAGUAGCAUGGCCAGCGAUUCCGGGUACUGUAGCAGCAACAGCAUCUUUGAGCCAGAGGCUUCGGAAAAGCACAGGACCACCCAGGAGAGGAGUCUAAUCUGCUGCAAGUCCAAGGUCCCGCUGAGACGGUGUUCCUCCUUGGUUAUAUUUCCAAAGAGCCCCUGCAGCACCCCACCUGCCUCCCCAGUAAGUCCAGUGGCUCUACCUGCUCUUCCAACAACGAGAGGGUCUCAUCAGUCAUCUCUUCAGACAUCUGCCAGUGAAUUCUCACAAGAUGAUGAGGAAGUGACUUUCAAAGGGUCCACCACCGCAGCAGUAAGUGGCCAUCGUCUCCCAAAAGGAAGCUGUUCAGCUGAGUUCAGGGACAACAAACACAUGGUGCAAUUUAAUAUUCCUUUACAGGAUGAACCAAAAUGCAAAAUGGAGGACAGUAGUAAGGCAAUGGAACUGUCAUCAACUUUAGACAGAUCGAAUCGUCACUCUAGCAGUGUGCUGCUGCAUUUUGCCCACCAGAGACCAAUGAUAUCUGGGAAGGGAGCCACAACGACAGCUACAGUCAAUGUGGAAUAUCCUGAGGCUCCCAACCCAGCCGCACACCCCGAGGGUGAACAUGAACCUCACAAAAAACUGUAUCGUAGUACCUCUGCUUGUUUGUUCUCUUCGACUAAACCAUCAGAGAAAAACCAUAAGGCCUGCUCAUAUGGAAAAAGCCAAGAAAGGGCUGAGGAACACCACUGUCACCACGCCAUACAACGGAGCUUUUCCCUGGAGGUGCCCUACCCCAACACUGGAAUCUCAUGUCACGUUUCAAAUCCAAAACUCAGUAGCCCUUGCUCCCCGCAUGUGCACAUUCAUUUGUCUCCUUGCUGCCCAGUUAAGUUGCCAAGCUCUGCCACUGAUGUAAGCACAAGCCACAAAGGGAAUAAUACACCAAAGAGCCCAGGUCAAAACACCAAGACACGUGAUGAUUUUCUGGGACAGGUGGACGUCCCUUUAAAUCAGAUACCGACAGAAAAUCCUAAUACAGAAAGGCCAUACACAUUCAAGGAUUUUCUGCUUCACCCACGAAGCCACAAGUCCAGAGUCAAAGGUCAUCUACGUCUCAAAAUGACCUACCUGCCAAAAAACUCUGGCUCAGAGGAGGAGACAGCAGAUCAGCCUGAGGACAUGGAUCCUGGUUGGGAGCUUCUGGAGGCUCAGGACAUGUCAGGUCCCAGACAAAGCCAGGUGCUGCCUCCUCUGCCCCCUGGCUGGGAGGAGCGGCAGGACAACCUGGGAAGAAUCUACUUUGUCAAUCAUGAGAGCAGAACCACGCAGUGGAAUCGACCCACAAUGCAGGACUGUGAUCUGGAGAUGCAAAGAAGACAGAACAAUAACACAGAGGUGGAACAUGCAUUCAUUACACGCAGACAGAUCUCAGACCCCGAUGAAAACACCACACGAGAGUCUCCUGAGAGCUGGGAGAUCAUUGCAGAGGACGAAUCCACCUUGUACCACAGCAAUAACCAGCUCACAUCACCUCCACCCCACUCGCCCGCGGAGUCCCACUCGUUCUGCGGCGAGCUGAGAAACAUGCAAGUUUCAGGGGCCACAGCUGGUGAGCAGCGCACCUCCCAGACGGAUCAUGCAAGUAAUUCAAGCCAUUCCAGUCUCAGAGGAAGCGGCCAAACUUCAACUGGAGAGGAACAUCCUGUUAAUCCUGUGCUGCUUCCAACUUCAGCUGGGCUGCCUCCAGGCUGGGAGGAGAAGCGGGACAAUAAAGGAAGACGCUACUAUGUCAACCACAACAGUCGAGUCACAACAUGGACACGACCACUCGUUCAGAAAACCUCAGAGGCAGCAGCUGCACCAGCACAGAGUACUGCAGGUUUACCCCAAAGCCCCACACCAUCCCAACCACCUAUGUCCCCUGAGGUGUCUCCUCAGCACACCCCAAGCCCUGAGGCCACACAUGAAUCUGGCUUCUUGCCGGCUGGUUGGGAGGUUCGCAGUGCUCCCAAUGGAAGACCCUUUUUCAUCGACCACAACACAAAGACGACUACCUGGGAAGAUCCCAGGCUAAAGAUUCCCGUACACAUGAGGAGGAGACCCUCACUUGACCCUACUGAUCUUGGCCCGCUGCCACCUGGCUGGGAGGAGAGAAUCCACUCUGAUGGAAGGAUAUUCUACAUAGAUCACAACACCAGGACCACACAAUGGGAUGAUCCCAGAUUACAGAACUCAGCUAUAACUGGACCAGCUGUGCCUUAUUCCAGAGAUUAUAAACAGAAGUAUGACUACUUCCGGAAGAAGCUGAAGAAACCAGCCGACAUCCCGAACCGCUUUGAGAUGAAGCUGAGGCGAAACGCCGUGCUGGAGGACUCAUACCGACGCAUCCUCUCAGUUAAGAGGGCAGACCUGCUGAAGGCACGUCUGUGGGUGGAGUUCGAGGGAGAAAAAGGACUGGACUACGGUGGCGUGGCCAGAGAGUGGUUCUUCCUCAUGUCCAAGGAGAUGUUCAACCCGUACUACGGACUGUUUGAGUAUUCUGCCACGGACAACUACACUCUGCAGAUUAACCCUAACUCAGGUUUAUGUAACGAGGACCACCUGUCCUACUUCAAGUUCAUCGGCCGUGUGGCAGGCAUGGCUGUUUAUCAUGGAAAACUGCUCGAUGCUUUCUUCAUUCGGCCUUUCUACAAGAUGAUGCUGCAGAAGCCAAUCACCCUCCAGGACAUGGAGUCUGUUGACAGUGAAUAUUUCAACUCCUUGAUGUGGAUUUUGGAGAAUGACCCAACAGACUUGGAUUUGAGAUUCACCAUUGACGAGGACUUGUUUGGACAGACUCACCAGCAUGAACUGAAGCCGGGUGGCGCUGAGAUUGUCGUCACUAAUGAAAACAAGAAGGAAUACAUCCAUCUGGUGAUGCAGUGGAGGUUUGUGAACAGGAUACAGAAGCAGAUGACUGCUUUCAAGGAGGGAUUCUUUGAGUUGAUACCACAAGAUCUGAUUAAGAUCUUUGAUGAGAAUGAGCUCGAGUUGCUCAUGUGUGGUCUUGGAGACGUGGAUGUGAAUGACUGGAGAGAGAACACCAAGUACAAGAAUGGCUACUGCUCCAACCACGUAGUUAUCCAGUGGUUUUGGAAAACAGUGCUGCUGAUGGAUGCAGAGAAGCGAAUCCGUCUCUUACAGUUUGUGACGGGAACAUCCAGGGUCCCAAUGAAUGGCUUCGCUGAACUCUACGGGUCUAACGGACCACAGCUGUUCACCAUCGAGCAGUGGGGAACACGUGAGAAACUCCCCAGAGCCCACACAUGUUUCAACCGGUUGGACCUUCCUCCCUACGAGUCCUUUGAGGAACUGAGGGAGAAACUUCACAUCGCCAUUGAGAACGCACAAGGCUUCGACGGGGUGGAUUAGCACGGGUGCAGUAAAUGAGCUGAACUGACAGUUACUGCCACCAGAGUAAAGCCAAGCAGCAUGAUGUGGUGACAUUGAUGAGAGAAACGAGCUGUGCACAUCAGACUGGGGUCUUAACCUGCCAGCUGUGUGACAGAUGAAGGACAGUCACACAGCCCACUCUUUGGUCCUCUGUUGGGGCAUGCUUGGAGAAAGGACUUAUAUAUAUAUGUGGAGAGAUGGAGGUAUCACUCCAUGCAUUAUAAUGUUUACAAAUCAGGUUUUCUUAUUAUUUGAUUCUUUAUAUUAAGUUGCUCAAAAGUGUAUUCACUUUUUAUUUGUUCUGCUAAAAUGCUGAAAUAUUUAAAGAACAUGAUUCUGUGAAAUGACAAUAUUAUACAAAUUAAUGUGAAUGUAAAGCUCAAAAACAUCUAACUUUAUAAAAAAACAUUAGUUUCAUUUAGGCUGAAUUGCCUCAGAAAUGCUUAAUGCUCAGCUUCUCACAUCAGGUAUUUGUGAGAGUUUGAGUGAGGCACUUCCAUCAGAUGACAGCUGAUACUGUGAGGGAUUUAGAGUAACAGUCUUCAAUGUACAGGAGUCUUCUACUCCAUGGUGAACUCCUGACUACUUAAAGAAAAGAGAGAAGAUCCAAAGGCUGGGUGGAAUGACGCCGAGUGUAGGUGGGGAGAGAGAGAGUCGGAGAGAACGUCUUGAAAGAAAGUUGCCACUAGAGGGAGCCUUUUUCAUAGUAGUUGUGUUUCUCCUCUUUGAAAAUUCAUCCCCUUUCUCUACAUACCUAUAUGUUAGGGGCAUAAGGUUGGACCAUGGGUUAAAAUAGGUUGAUUUAAGGAUUGUAUUAGUGCCUAACAUAUGAGUGAAACUCAAACCCCAUUUCUCCUGUCCAGAGCUAUUGGACUUUUUAAAUUAACUGAAUAAAAAUUAAACUGAAGUGAACAGCCUAAAAUACCUUUAAACACAAUAUCAGUGUUAGAGUUCCUGUUAGAGGUUUUAAAAUCAAAAGAUGAAGGCAGCGACGACUGUAUUCCAGAUGUAUAUGACGUUUCAAGCAUCAAAACGUGAAUAUAAAUCAGUAAUUCAACCUACAUAAAACAGAUGUGAAGAUGUUUUCUCUCCCUUUCUUCCUAUCAUUUAAAUUCUAUAUAUAAAUAUACAUUUUUCAUUCCAGUAUAUUAGAAACACUGAUGCAGGAAAGCUGAAACGUGCGCCUCAGAAGCAUUUGUAGCAGAAAAUGUGCAGGUUAUAUACAAGUUUGAGCAACUACACUUAAACAAAGUGUAUCAGUUAAGCAUUAUAGUAGUGAUGUAUCAAUACCAGGACCAGUAAAAGGCUAAAACUAAUUAUACUGUAGUUUGUAUCUGUCUAGUUCACAGAUGGAAAGAAGUGACUACAUGCAGUGUUAGAUUGCGCUGAAAUACUAUGCAUAAUUGUACAUAUUGACAUAACAUAAUCAAAUAUCACUUGAUCUUUGAGUUUCUCAGAUAUUACAUAAAUAUAUUGUACAUAUAAAUAUAACUUUGCGUUCUACAAACUGAUAAAGCAACUAUUGUUAAAACAGAUUACUGGUGUGCCUCCAUAUUAUCCUUUUUUUUUUUUAACUCAUACUUUAACUCAAGUUCAACACUGACUGUUUAUGUAUCAAAUAGAUAAAUAAAUGUACAUAUUCAUAUCAUAUUCCCUAGGCUGUAGCAUACAGAAACCUUCUCAGACAGAUUAAGCUUAUACAGUAUGUUAAACAUGUUUUGUUGCCUUUUGUCAAUGAGUGGUAUCGUUUUGUUUUCUUCUACUCAUCAUGGGUGUCUAAUUGCAGCACGGUACUCUAUUUUAAGAGUACAACUUUAAAAAAUUGUUUUGUUGGUUGUGUACAGAUUAUUGUUUUCAAACUACGUAAUCACUUGUAAUACCUUUGUAAGAAAGUAACUGUACUUAAGCAGUAGUUUCAAAUUUUUCUGAAUGGUAAAACAUGUGUUUACACUGCCUGCCAUGUUUACAGGUUGUUGAUAAAGGAAGGUGUCCUGGGCUGGUUCUUGUCUCUGACAACACAAUUUUAUACCUAUGCUUUUAUAAAGUGAAGCACUUUGUUAAUAUCGAUGAGUCUUACUUCUGAACUGUCUGAAUCUUUGCCAAUCUGUCACCUGCAGACUGCUUAAAUCACCCUUCAAAAGCAUGAUCCUAUGCUUCAAGUGCACGUGUUUAAAUGUUUACAUGUGAACAUUGCUGAAAAUAAGCACAUUCUCUUCUUUCACUGAUAUUUAAAUUUAAAUACAGAGGCCUUCGUUUGUUAUAUAUUGUAGAAUUUUGAUUGUGUUUAUCAAUGUUUUAAUCUCUAAAUGGAAGUACUGUUAUAUGUGUAUUGUUCUCUACUGAAGGAUAUUGAAUAGAUCAACUUCAUUUCUGAUAUAUCAGAUUUUCUUAUUAUAGAAUUGAAUUAUAACACCUAUAAGUGCAUUAUAACAACAUACAUGCAACAUAUACUCAACCGUUUAAAAGGUGGAAUGAACUGUAGCUGUUAAAUCCCAAUUUGAUGACCUACAGCACACCAAAUUGAAUAUAUUUGAAGAAUAAAAUGAUAUAAAAACAA